CUAUACCAAGUAUGUCAUAUCAACAUAUUCUGUCAAUCACUGAUCCGCCUUAUCUCACAGGAUGUUUUACCACUCAAGACAGCGUCAGAGUUCUUCCCUUACUUCCGAGAAAUGACCAUAAAAAGAAAUAUUUAGUAAUAACUCCACACAUUAUCACUAAGCUGUCUGUUAAAGCCUUGGCUUGA